AUGGAGGAAUCGCAAACUCCGCUUGUUCCGGUUUACCAACUUGGUCGAGCCUUCACAGCAGUGACACUCGUCGAAGGAACUGUGCACGUUGCUCGCAAGCAUGCGCUACAGCUGAUCCACCUAGAGCAGGCUCUGGGUAUCUUCGUUGAGCGCCCAGUUCAGGAGUGGUUCCUCCAAUAUCCGACUUUGAUGCGAUGGACUAACCGCGUCUACUCCUUCAUUCAUAUUCCCGGAACCAUUCUUUUCCUUGUGCUCCUCUACUAUUUCACCACCACCCGCAGGCGGCGUUCCAUGGCCGGGAUGAAUGGCGGCGAUAAUAGCAUUGGAGGAAACUCCGGGCCGAUGCUUUAUGAAGCCCGCCGACGCACCAUGGCUCUUUGCAAUUUGAUCGCUUUUGUCGUUUUUACACUCUGGCCUUGCAUGCCACCUCGCCUGCUGAGCGAUCCUGAUUACGAUGGCCCCGAUGCGGUCGAGUCGAAGAGUUUCGGAUUUGUCGAUACUGUUCAUAGCGCCGACGGCGAAAAGAGCGUCUGGACCGCCAACAAAUUUUGCAACCAAUAUGCGGCCAUGCCUUCGCUUCAUUUCGGAUACUCCCUUCUGAUCGGAUUGACCAUUGCGACAUUCCCGGUCGCCGGCCUGCGCUCGACAUCGUGGAAGCGCCUCGUCAUCGUCAUCCUGGGUCUGUCAUACCCCGCAGUCAUCCUAGCUGCCAUCGUUGCGACCGCGAACCAUUUCAUCCUCGACGCAGUUGCCGGAGCGCUUGUUUGCUGCAUUGCCUGGAAUGCCAACGGAAUCCUUCUCAACCUUCUUGUCAUUGAGGACUACUUCCUAUGGGUCGUUCGCAUCCAUAAGCCCAUAAACUGGACGGACCCCGAAACAGCGGUUGAGAGGACGUGGCAGGGUUCUCCACUUCAGGUUGUUUGA